CAUCCAUUGAAAAUGACACAACAUUGAUAAAAGGUUUAAAACAAAACAACCUCCAAGCAAUCAGCUUCUACCUGAUCAGUCUGAAGAAACAGAAGGGUUGAAACUCAAGCUUCGGUUAAAAUGGCAAUGAAGGAGGAAAAACCAUGGGCAUUGGUCUCAGAGAUAGGGGGCGAGCAUGGUUACCUUGAAGAGCUAGCUGACAUAGUAAAGCAACACUUUCAAAUCAUCUGCUAUAGAGAGUUUCUACAAAACCCAGUGCUUCAUGGCCACAAAAUCCAGGCCCUGUUAAUGUGGAAGUACUGCCCUGCAGCUGAGCCUUCGUUGCUCAAAUUGCUUCCCUCCCUCAAAGUGGUUGCGAGUGGAGGGGUGGGCAUUGACCACCUGGAUGUGCGGUUUAUCAACAGUCUCGGGGUAAAGGUGGCCAACACUCCAGGUGUAGUCAGUGACUCCACUGCAGAUUUAGCCAUGGGUCUGCUUCUGGCAUCAGCUCGCAAGAUCCUUGAGGGUCAUCAAAUAUCUAUGGACCCCCAGACCAUAAACAUACCACAAAGUCUGAUGGGAGUUGAAGUCACAGGGUCGACUCUAGGGAUCAUUGGAAUGGGAGAGAUUGGUUACAAGAUUGCCCAAAGAAGCAAAGGAUUUGAAAUGAAAAUUCUGUAUCACAACAGGACCAGAAGGACUGCAGAUGAUGAACAGGCAGUUGGAGCAAGUUACUGUGACAGUCUGGAUGACCUGCUGAGGAGGUCAGACUUCGUCAUGAUAGCUGUCAAAUUGACGUCGGACACAACAGGCCUCAUCGGCCACAGAGAGCUGUCCCUCAUGAAACCCACAGCAAUACUGGUCAACAUCAGCAGAGGUCAAGUUGUGAACCAAGAUGCCUUAUUUAAAGCUCUCCAGUCUGGAACGAUUCAUGAAGCGGCAAUAGAUGUGACUCAUCCUGAACCUUUACCAAGGGAUCAUCCACUCCUUGGCCUGCCUAAUGUGUUGAUCACCCCCCACAUUGGGAUCAGUACCUACAGUACAGCUCGUAGGAUUGUGGAGAAGAUGGUAGAAAAUGCCCUGGCUGCAGUGAAGGGCUUACCUGUUCCAAAUGAAGUCAAGCAUCACUGACCAAAGUGUUCACAAACUGCACCAUCAUUGUUAUCUUUCUGCAGUGGGUGUGCUGAAUUGUUCAUAGUUUAAGAUAUUUAAAAAAAUAAAAUGUCAACAUAAGCAGUUGAAACAAGUCACUUUAUUUAAACUCACACCAAGUGUCUCUCAACACACUUUACAAUAGCAGCCCAUUCAGAAUGACAAAAAUGUCUUGAAGUAAAAUACUAUAGAAAAUAAUCAUUUUAUUUAAAAUGAUUGAAUUCCCCACUGUUCACUUUUGUUUGUCUAACACACACUGCCCCAGAACAGGUAAGAACCCACAAGCACAACACAAACCAUCAGGGUAGCAUUCAAAGGUUUAUUCCAGAAAACAGGCAAGUUAGAACCAGAUGAUCCAUCACAAAAAGGGCAAAAUUAACUGACAGGGAUUAGACAGAAUCAGGGUGCAUCCCUAGUCUCUUAACUGCAUCCACAUUUCCCUCACUUGGGAAGACAAGGAAACCAUGCAAGGAGGGAAGAAACGAGGAAAUGUGUUUUUAGAGAAAUUAGCAACUUAAGGUUCAUGUGAGGAUUGAGGAGCAAGGAAACAACAAAUAAUAGACUUGAGAUGCACCAACAGAGUCCAGGAACUCAAACAAAGGCUCAGAUGGGAGUUUUAGGAAUCAGGACGGAUGUGCUGGAAAGUUUAGCAUAAUGCAAAAAAAAUAAAUAAACAGUCGGGCAAAGAAUUAACAGUCAUGGAGUAUAUAUGCUUAGGGACUAAUGAGGGAAUGAGCUGCAGAUGUGGAGAGAGGCAGUAAAAACCCGGUGUAGAGAAUGAGGUAAUCAGUCUGACAUGAGGGAGUGGCAUGAUCUGAAAUGACAGGAGAAUUAGUAACCACAAACAUAAAUGAGAAGACUGAAUUAAUUAAGAACAUAGGGUGAUCAGGAAGGAUUCAUGACAGUUUGUGUGUUUUCUGGUCAGUGUUGUACGUGGGAUGCUUGGUAGUGGCAUGUUGUUUAAUGGUCAUUUCUUAAUCAAUGUUUGAUUUAAUUUGAGAUGAUGUUUAUUGUGCUAAAAUGAGAUUUCCUGUAAUAUCAAAACAUCCCAAGAUUGACAAAUUA